ACAAUCGAUCCCAAAAUUCAAUGUGUGUGUGUGAGUGAGUGUGUCGCGCGGGAUUAGUGCUUUUCUUUUUAUUUGCGUUGCGUUGCGCUAAUGCUUGCGCGCUGCGCCGUGUGUCCUUCCGCGCGCGCGCACCUGUGUGUGUGAGGAAGGAAAGCAGCGCGGAAAGAGUCUCCGGAGAGGCUGCACAAGUGUGUGCGGGCUUUUCCCCACUUCCACUACACACACUCCAGCCGGUGGAGUGGAGAAGAGGGGGCAUUGUAUGUGUGUGUGUGUGUGUGUGAGUGUAAAUGAUAAAAAGCGCACCAAGCAGCCGCAACAGUGGAAAAAGAUAACACACAAAAAAAAAAGCUAAAGAAAGAUAAUUUCCCCAACAUUGUGAAAAGUUUCGGUGUGUGCGUGCGUGUGUGUGUGUAUGCAGUUUUUUUAAUGUGUAGUUGUUCCCCCACCAUCGUCGGUGUGUUGGGAAAAAUCUGGGCUACAAGGACAGAGCGCGUGUGAAGGGGUAGGCGAGCGGGCCUGCCAAGGGAACUGUUUUUUUUUUUUUGUUGCUGGUUUUUCCGGUUCUCGCCUCUCCUGUGCAGAUACAUUUUCCACCGAAGCAAGGGCUGCGGGAGCUCUGCUCUGGCGUGCUGGAUGCGCCCCUAACCAUUAUCGUUUGUGUGUGAGCGAGAGAGAGAGAGAGAGAGAGAGAGAGAGAGAGAGAGAGAGAGAAAGAGAGUCGUGAGAGCAGCAGCAAGCAACAGGCAACAGCAUGCCGAAGAUCUUCCUGAUCAAGAACCGGCUGCACCAGCAGCAGCUGCGGCUGGUGGAGGAGGCGCAGAAAAACACCCACUCCGGGCCGGGCGGCGGCGGCGGCAGCAGCGUGGUCGACGAUGCGGUCGGCAGCGGCGGCGGCAGCGAGGUCGGCAGCAACGAGCCACUGUCGCUGGUGUCCCGCAAGCGCGAGCACGACGAUUCGGCCGAGCACGACAUAUUCAGCGAAGAGAACCGUCUCAGCCCACCGUGCCGGAAGCGGGCGGCCUCCCCAUCGCUGUCCAUCUUUGCCAGUGCGGAGCGGCACGAGGCUGGCGGCAACGCGGCAAACGCCGCCAACAGCUUCCCCGCCGGUGCCGGGUCGGCCUACAGCAGCACUGCCGGCGGCGGUGCCAGCAGUCUCGCGGCGUACCACCGAAACGCAGCGUUCAGCCUUUACCACAGCGGUCUCACUGCCAAAGAAUCGUCCAUCAACAACACCGCCGCCAGCCACCACCAUCAGCCGCGGCUUUUCAUCGGCGGCGGCGGUGGUGGUCGGCGCCCUCAGCCACUGCCGCCCCGUCCGGCGGCGGCGGCGGCGGCCUUCGAGAAGAGCAAGGAGGAAGACGCGACCAGUGGCGACGAGCGGCCGGCAACGCAACGGGCAGUGCCGUUGGUGAGUCAGCGCAAGCAGCAGCAGCCGCCAGCACCAGCCUCAUCACCGGUGGCACCCACCUCACCGUGCACAGUCCCACCAACACCAACGCCUCCACCGCCACCGCCAGCAACCGAGCAGAAGGAUGCACGGCCGCCCACGCCACCACCGCCAGCGGCACCGCCCGUCGCACCACCAGCGACGGCGGCGGUCGUGCCCAAACGGCGGCCAGCAAUCGUGAGCUCCUCCUCGUCCUCCACCACUACCACCGGCACGUGUCUGCGGGUAACCGAGGGGCCGGCACCGUACAUCGGCCCCCGUCAUGGCCACGUGCUGACGAACGCGGAACGGAAGGUGUACCCACCGACGCCGCCACCACUGCCGCCCACCAACACUACCCCCGCGGUCGACUCAAAGUCGGCGGCAGAGGACGAGGAUGACGAAGAGGAGAAGGAGGAGAAGGAGCAGCAGCAACAGGUCUCGGUGGCACGGGAGGGAGCGAGUGACAGCAAGAAGAAGGAGUCGUCGGGCAAGGUAAUUGUGCGCGACGAACCCGUUCCAACCAUUCCGGGCGGCGAGCAGUACCAGCGCCGGCUGCGACUACCCUCCCCGACACCGCCCCCGCCCAAGGAGCGCGUCCCAUCGCCGGCGGUCGUGCGCUGCUCGGUCAUCCAGCGAACGCCAGCGGUGCGCAAGAGCCAGCCGGCGGAGGAGCUCCCAGCAGUGCCGGCGGCGCAGCAGCAACCACCGCCGCACCAACACCACCAUCAUCACCAUCACCAACCACCACCACCACCCACGCAGCUGGACGACAGUCCGCGGGCGGUCGAUCUGAAGGUGCGCCCGGUGGUGGUGCUGACGGUGGAGCCGGAGCAGGAGCAGCCGAUCGACUACCACAUCGGUCCGAAGCGCUCGGCAAGCGAGAAGGAGCGGGGCGAGGAGCGGGACGAGGAGCGCGACGAGCGGCCGGGCGGGCGGCGCGAGCGGGCGGCAGCCGUCGUCCUGCACAACCAUCUGCCACCCUACCAUCGGGGUGGGGGCGGUGCGUCGGCGGCUCGAGCCGCGGCGGCGGCCGCCGUCAUCAGCGGCAUCAUGCAGGGAGCGGCCGGGCAC